AUGAGGACAGGCGGCUCGGGUCCACCGGCAAAACGGGUGAAACUAGAGUCACCGUCUCCUUCACGGUCGCCGAGUGUGGGGGAUGAGAUCGUCGACGAGGAACACUGCAGUAUCUGCCUACAGCCUUUCGUGGACCGCACCGUCGUACCAACUUGCUCUCAUGAGUUUUGUUUUGAAUGUUUGCUCAUCUGGACCGACCAGUCGCGCAGGUGCCCGCUGUGCUCUCAAUCAACCGGAGACUACCUAAUCCACCACAUACGCUCGAGGUAUGACUACCAGAAACAUUAUCUCACGGCGUUGCGCACGUCGCCUCGUCCGCAGAGCGCUGCCGCUGCCGCACAACGGGAUGCUCGUAGACGCGCCCGGACAAGACGUGAACGCGAGUGGGGCCGACGACAGCGCGAGGCCCAGGAUGAAGCAGACGUGCUUGAGCGAGCUAUUGAACAGCGCAGAUGGGUAUAUCGACACCAUCUAUACGCCAAGCAUGUCGCCUCAAAUCCGUACACGCGCUACCGCCCGUUCCCAACACCAGCUCAAUUUUCGGCGUCGCAGGACCUGAUCAGUCGAGCUACUGUGUUCUUGCGACGUGAGCUUCGAGUAUGGGUUGGUCUCGACGUUGAGUUCUUGACGACCUUUACGCUGUCGCUGAUGAAGUCGCUCGACAUUCGUUCGGAGCCAGCCGUGCGGCUUCUCGCCGAAUUUCUUGACAUGGAUAGCGGAGGAGAACGCGUGAAUGCCGAACAUUUCGCUCAUGAACUGUAUAGCUACCUCCGCUCCCCGUACCGUGAUCUAGCCCGAUAUGAUGAAGUCGUGCAGUACGAUGUGCCCCCAGAUGUACCGUCGCCUUCACUGCCGCAGCGUAGCCGACGGUGGAGGUCUCGGUCUCGUUCUUUCCUCGCCACACGGACCCUCCCGCCGUCCACGUUCUCCCUCGCCUUUAUCCCCUCGCCGUAG